GGUGUGACAGUCUACUCAAGCCAGUCAAGGUAUCUAUCACGUUUGACGUAGACAUUAAAUUUGUCUGCCUGAAAAUUUCGCAACUAGAAUCUAGUUCAGUAGUUGGUAGCAGCGAUUCCUGACCUGUUCAUCCACGGUCAACUAAUUAUUUCCUUCCACCUCGUCAUUACUGUGGUCUGUCGCUGCGCGCGUGGCUUCUCACGAUGGGAAACUGCAGCUCGAAAGAAAACCCUCGUGCCGAGUAUAUUGAGCACUGGGAAGUGGGCAUGGUGGAUGCGUGCACCAAGGAUCCCUGCUGUUGCCUCCUGUCUCUGCUAUGCCCGAAUUGUGCAUCGUAUGCCCUGCGUCAAAGAGCCCUCAAAGGGGACAUGACCAGAUACCGCUGUUGUCAAGGUUACUGUUUUACAUGCUGUUGCAAAUGUCACGAUUGUGGAGAGGAUAAGUGCCCUGAGCUAUGUCUCUGUUGUGAAGUUACUUUCUGUAUGACGCUGUCGGUGCUGGCUACUCGCUACACCAUACAAGAUGAGUACAAUAUCCAGAACACGGCUUGUGAUAACUGUCUGAUUGCAACAGUCUAUUGCCUCCAGUGUCUUGCAUGCAUCCUUCAUUUCAUCCCCGGCGUUCCUGACGGCAUUGAAGAAAUUGUGGAUCUCCUUGCUGACUUUGUCUACUGGACUGUAUGUGCCUGCAUGCAAACGCAGCACAAGGUCGAGCUGGAGAAACGUGAGCUGCAAGCCGGUCAGAUUGGCACCAAUACCCAGGUUGUCGUGACAACACAGCCUGGUGUGAUCACUACACAGCCUGGUGUUGGCGCGCCCCCAGCCUAUCGCAGUCCUCCAUCUGAGGUCAUCACCAAAGAGCCACUCUAAUCACUCCGUCACUAACCACUCCGCCACUAACCACUCUAAUCACCCCGUCACCAACCACUCUAAUCACUCCGUCAGCAACCACUUUAAUCACUCCGCCACCAGCCUACCGCAAUCCUCCUGCUGAGGUCAUCACCAAGGAGUUGCUCUAGGCAAGCGGGUGAGCACGGCAAAGAGCUGGCCCGUGUGAGACAUGGGCCACUGGUUUGUAUUGUCGUUCUUGUUGUUGUUCGUCUGAAAGUGCAGCCAAUUGUUUUAUGUGCUUGAAUAGAAAAUACCCAUAGACCUGAGCUGUAUUCUGUGUUUCUAAGAACAUUGCCGCUAUCGCCAUCUUUCACUGAGCUAUCCUGCAGUGUACCAGUACUAGUACUUCUACUCCCGGACCUCACUCGACAUACACUUUUGUUUCAAGGCUGUUGCAUAUUGACAAGAUCAUGCAUGACUCUUGCUGUCCCACACAGUGUCACAAGGACAAGCACAGUAUUAAUGUGCUUCAGUACAGGUAUAGAUAACGUCUCUCAUUCAUAUCGUCUCUCUCUCUCUCUUUCUCUCUCUCUCUCUCUCUCUCUCUCUCUCUCUCUCUCUCUCUCUCUCUCUCUCUCUCUCUCUCUCUCUCUCUCUCUCUCUCUCUCUCUCUCUCUCUCUCUCUCUCUCUCUCUCUCUCUCUCUCUCUCUCUCUCUCUCCUCUCUCUCUCUCUCUCUCUCUCUCUCUCUCUCUCUCUCUCUCUCUCUCUCUCUCUCUCUCUCUCUCUCUCUCUCCUUCUCUCUCUCAUGCACGCACACACACACACACACACACACACACACACACACACACACACACACACACACACACACACACACACACACACACACACACACACUAGUCACUUGUAUUGCUCAGUCGAACUAUACCACUAUAACUGAUGGUUUAGUUAGGCAGUGUUGCUGCUGCUGCUUCUCCGUGGCAUGCUCACCGUGGUUUUCUUUAGAAUUACUCCUUUCCCGGCAUCAGCAGAUAGCGUGUGCGCAAGUGGCUUGUGAUUUUAUGUUUUUAUGGUGCUUGUUUGCCUGCUUCCGCUGUAUUCAAACUGUUUGUACACAAACGGCUUUGCUCGCUGUUGUUUUUACUUUUACACUGGGGUAAAUCUUCUACUCCAUAGCUUUUCUUACCGUUUGCCGCUGUGUAUUACAAGUACUAGUAUUUGGCCAUGUUUCCAGUUUUUUUUUUAAAGAUUUGAGUUUUGCCGGUCGACAUGUCCAAAGUUUCCGCAUUUUCUCCCCUCUUUUUUUAGAUGUUUUAUAUGACUGGUAUUGUAUAGUACAUGAUGCAUGACAUAGUUAUUGCAACAAUGUGAUAAUUCA